UUAUACAUAAAAAAUAAAUAAGUUCUAAUAAAAUUUUACUAACUAUGAGGUUUUUGCAUGUUAAACUGUGAAUCAUGUUACCUAAGUUAUUUUAUUCUAUUUGUUAUACUUUUUGGAUUCUAACUACAAAAUGUUUUGUGAGCUGCAAAAUAAGGCCAAAAACAUAUGAGAAAUAUUAUACAGAUAUAAUGGAUCAUAUAAGUGAAAAAGUUGGAUGGGAUUUUAUGCAGAAUUUGGAAUUUAAGUCUUCUACAGAAGCAAGUUUUAAUAUUAAAGACAUUAUUUGCAAAGAGAGUCGCACAAUACUACCAAAAAAGUUCGAUGCCGUAAUUAAUUCAUUGAAUUACAUGUACGCAGAAGUCAUUAAAACAUUUAUUGAUCAUAUUAGAGCUAUAGCUAACCAAUGUCAAGAAUAUUACGACUUAAACCAGGGAGAUAAUUUAUUAAGUUGUACAGUUUUACUUCAAAGUGCUGUGGAAAAUUCGAAAACUAUGUUUGAACAGUUAUACAAUGUAAUGAACUAUCUUAGCAACAUAGAUUUUAAAUUAUUAGCAAAAUGGAAAAAAACAUACUCUAUACCUAUAGUAGAUGAAAUUUAUACUUUUGUAGAAUAUGCAUCAUUAAAAACUAAACAAAAUAUACAGAUUUUUAUCAAUCCAAACGAUCCCAACACUAAAAAUUAUGCUUGUGAGGUCAUUUUAGACGUGAACAGUUUUAUCGAAGGAAAAGGUAUCGAGACCUACCAGAAAAUUAAAGAGAAUAGUAAUUCAGUUGUUUACAAUCAUAAACCAAAGUGCUUACUUGAAGAGAAUCUAAAAGACUAUAAUGCACGACAAAAUAAAAAGAUUGAAUUGAGUGAAUAUUUAAGUGAAUGGCUUAAAAUAUAUUAUGAUGAAAUUUCAACAAAUUUAUACAAAAAUCUUGGUUUUGAAGAAGUUUUAGAAUUAAAUGAGGCAAGUAUUUUCAAACCUCCAAUUCAUUCAUUUGAAAAUAUUACUCAAAAACUAGUAAUUGAACAAUUACAUAAAAUUACUAAAGAAAGUGGAUGGAAUUCGUUGAAACAUAUUUAUAUUAUAUUUAAUGAUCAAGUUAUAAGCGUAGACCGUAUUCUUAGACACCCAGCAGACAAAUUAAAUUUUCAUUGUAAAAAACAACAUAUAUUAAGAGUUAUCAAGUGCAUUUAUACAGAAAUACUGUUUAAAUAUUGUGAAUAUGUAAUUUUCCUAUUAGCUUUUUGUAAAACGGUAAAUAUAAAACGUAAUGGUGCAGUAUAUAUAAACUUGGUACGUCAAAUUUUUGAUGCAGUUCAUAAGUCAAUUAAUAUGUUUGAUAUAAUGUAUAAAACAUUGGUUUCUUUAAAUAAACUAAUAGGAGAUUAUUUUCAUGAUAUCCAUAGUUCAAAUUUAUCAUGUUUAUAUUAUUCACUGGAUGUUUUGGAUAGCAAAUGUGAUAGCAGUAAACAGAAAAUACCACAAUUAUACGCAAGAGCAUGCGUAAAAAAUAUCACUAAAUUCUUAAAAUAUAUUUGCUGUUUAUCGAAAAAAACCCAUGAAAAACACUUUCCAUUACAAAAUGUUGUGUUAAAUGUUGACACAUCUGGGUCAAUAAGUACCGACAAUUUUUCAUCUGCUUGUAACGAACUUAUUGUAUUUUCUAAAAAAUUUAUAAAAGUUUACUAUGAAGAGUUGGGUUUAAAUAAAUUAAACUAA